CGCCAUCCAACCCAGUCCAGUCCUCCGGCUCUCGUUCGUACCUCCCUGUGUGCUGUGUCAACCACUUUGGCUUGUCGCUUGUGUGCUGUCAGCAGCUCGGCUGCAAGGACGCGUCGCAACAGCAGCAGCAAAAAUCUGUUUUUUCUUCAUCGUUCAACUUUAUUAACGGCGUUCGGAUUAAAUAAACAAAACGACCCCUAUAUAGUGCCCGUCUCAUUCGACCAUCAGUGAAACAGUUGACCCCCCAUCAUUUUCCCUAUUUUAUUACCAGAAGGUUUUAUUUGGACAGUUGACACAAGUGACCGAGUCUAUUUAUCUCAUUAGUGCCGGGCCUAAAAUAAAAUUAAAUUCGUCGGUCCGUCCCAUUUUGAUAUUGCGCUGGACGCCAGCAUCCCCUCACCGUUAUUUGUUCUUCUUUUCUUGUGGAGUUGAAGAGAGUGAAGUGAACUAGAGAGCACGACGGACCUUGAUAUCUUUUUUUUUGGUCAGUUGCGUCUGCCCAGCCAGCCUCUUUUCAGAAAGAAGAAAAAGAAGAAAAAAGAGAAGUUGCCUACCCACCCAGUUGUGAUUUCUUCAUCGAUCUGUGUGCUGCGUCGGAGUUUUUUACGACUAGACAUUUCGGGUGGGGAGAAAAAGAAGAAGAAGAGGGGAAGAGGGUUAUAUACUUCCUCCGUUUCGGUUCGAUAGAAAAGGAGUAUCUUCCGUCGAACAAGUCGAGUGGGCGACCACCACUACAUCUGGACCAGUGCCAACAACUUACCAAAAAAGAAAAAGGAAAAAAGAAGAAAAACCAGCAAAUAUAAUAGCCUGAAAACAAAACAAAAACUCAACCAACUAAUAAAGAAAAAAGAAGAAGUGAAAAACGACUUAAAAGCUCUACCAGGAAAUAGACGGAAAAAAGAAAAAAAAUAAUACAUAACACGAGUGAAAAAAAAUAUCCGCAGCGGCGACGAUAGAGUGUCACCGGAGAGAGCAGAGUUGCUCUGCUGCUGUGGCUAUUCGCAUUUGGAUUGGUCAAACUGUUAUUUUUUCCUCUCUUCUCUCUCUAGUGUGUUUGCACUGCUGCAUCCAUUCUCAUCCAUCUCCCCCCCCCCCCCCUUGAACUCGCCUCUAUCCCUCAUCUUCUCCCACCUCCUAACCCCCCUCCCUUUCCUCCUCCUCCUCCUCCUUUACUCCUUUUCUUAUAUAUUCGGUUAGCCAUUUGGUCGGGGCCCAUUCCGAUCGAUUCGGUCGCCGGAUGUCAACUAAAGUUCUGAUGCCGGAACGCUCGCAGCACCCGUCGUCGUCGUCGUCGUCGUCGGCAUUCGACACGAUGGUCGACCACCAAGGCGAGCUCAUCCAGACGGGCAGCCCUUACUUCCUCUGCACGGCCCUGCCGACGCACUGGCGAUCCAACAAAUCGCUGCCCGUCGCCUUCCGCGUCGUGGCCCUGGGCGAGAUCGCCGACGGAACGGUCGUCGUCAUCCGGGCCGGCAACGACGAGAACUACUGCUGCGAGCUGCGCAACCACACGGCCGUCAUGAAGAACCAAGUGGCCAAAUUCAGCGACCUCCGCUUUGUUGGCAGAUCGGGAAGAGGUAAAAGUUUCACGCUGUCAAUCAUCGUGAGCUCGUCGCCAGUUCAAGUGACCACUUACAACAAAGCCAUCAAAGUGACGGUGGACGGGCCACGAGAACCGCGCACCAAAUCACCUGGUCAUCCGUCACCAUUUGGACCCUUUUCUUUGCUUCAAGCGCCUUGGCUUGACCCGGCCUACUUCAACCUUUCCAACUUGACCCAGUUCGGUCAAUUUGGCACCAGCAUGGGCAACUUUGCCAAUCUACCCUGUCCGCCACCUUGGGAUCACCACCACAUGAGGAGAGUGACAGACCCUCUCGCACUCAUUAAAGGAGUGAGCAACCCGUCGUCGGUGGGCGAGAGACCCGAGUUGAGCUGGCCUUCCAACGCGCCAUCGAUUCCCAACGCGUCACAUCCGCCGCACGGUUUAGUGACUUCCUUGGCCGGCUAUCCGCCUCCAGGUUCCGGUCUGCCAACCCCUCCGCCAAAUCUCCUGCCCUCCCUCCCAGUUUCGGCGGGUGUCAACGGUCUCAACCCCAAUUUCAAUUUGAGUUUGAACAUCAAUCCGCGGCUGUUGGGCCAGGCCCACAUGGCCCAUCCGCUGACGUCUCUCAUCAACUCACUCCACGGCAUCAACAGCAAAUGCUCGCCGACAGCCCUGAGUGUGGCGCCCGUGACAGCCCAGCAGCCACAGCCGCAGCAGCAGCAGACGCAGCCGCCGCAGACUCAGCAACAGCAGCAGCAGCAGCACGAAAGCAUCAGCAGCAGUAACGGCAACCAUAAGAAUAACAAGCAUCAGCAACCGGAUUUGGAUCGGAAACCGGUGCUGCUGGUGGGCGCCGGACUGAAAGAGAAACUCGUCGAGCCGAUUUGUGUGGCCAAAUCGGCAUUCCACCAGGUGACUCCGGCAUUGACGUUAGAGGAAACCAGUAAAAGUGACUCGAGUUGCUCGCCGUCGUUGACGAAUAAUAGCCUCUCUCCAUCUAUUAACCCCGCCCAAACCAAGACGGACAAAAUCUCCAGCACAACAACACCAGUCUCAAUCACCACGGCCAUUGUCAAUCAGACCAAAACGGUUUGGAGACCUUACUAAAAACAAAACAAACAAGAACAUUUUCGAGAGAACAAAAAAAGAACAAAAAUAAUGAAAAGACAUUAUUAUUAGUAACAAUAAUAUGAACUGUAAAUUUGGUUUCAAAGCGAAUCUCAGUAAGAUGAAUCUCCAAUUCGAAAUUUUAUAUUGGCAAAUCAUAGCGCAAAAAAACCUUUUCUUCACUUUCGUGCGUAUCAGAUGACGUAAAUCUAAUUUGAAAUUUUUUUUUUGAAUCACCCCCAUUGCUAAUAAUUUCGACCACCAGCCCUUGUAAAAACAAAAUGUCUAACGCCAGCAGUACACAAAUAUAUUAGUAAUUUCUGCUUUUUUA